UCCAAAUGGAACUCUAUUACCUUCACUGACACUUAAGAAAUUUAAAUUUUUUUCUCAUUUUCCCAUAGGAAUUGCCAGCCCUGUUCACAAUUCUUCAUCCCAAGACUUGGAAAAAAUGAUGUUUCGUGACUUAGUAUUGGGCAUACUCUUCCUUAUUGAGAUGGGAGUAGGCAUUCUUGGAAAUUUCUUCCUUCUUGGUCUCUACAGCUUCACUUUAUUCAUUGGCCAAAGACUGAGGCCCAGAGAGUGCAUUUUUGCCCACUUGGCCUUGGCCAACUCAGAAGUGCUGCUCUCCAAGGGAAUCCCUCAAACAAUUGCUUGUUUGGGCAUCAAAAAUUUUUUGGAUCACGUUGGGUGUAAAAUUACUAUUUGUACUCAAAAUGUGGCUCGGAGUGUUUCCCUCAGCAUCACCUGCCUCUUAAGUGGUUUUCAAAUCAUCACAAUCAGUCCUAGUAACUCCAAAUGGGCAGAACUCAAACCCAAAGCUCAAAAGUGUAUUGUUCCCUCCUGCUUUCUCUGUUGGUGCUUCUACCUGCUGAUAAAUUUCACUUUGCUUGGGACUAUGAAUAACUCAAGGUACCUGACUAAUAAUACAAAGAUGUGGUAUCUGGGAUAUUGUUCAACUUUAACUCCUUCCUCUUUUAAUGCUGCACUUUUUGCAAUUGUUUUUUCUAUACCUGAUAUUAUGUGUGUGGGAUUCAUGAUCUGGGCCAGUGCCUAUUUAGUAUUUCUUCUACACAGGCACCAUCAGCAAGUCAAACAUAUUCACAAUUCUCAUCUCUCUCUCAAAGUUUUCCCUGAGAAAAGAGCCACACAUGCUGUCCUCCUCUUAGUGAGCACGUAUGUUUCAUUCUAUUCAAUUAAUUCUAUCUUGUCAUUUUACUUCUUUCAAAAGGACAAACAUCAGCCUUGGUUUGUGGCCAUUUUAGAUCUUUUAGCAUCAUGGUUCCCAGCCCUUUGUCCUUUUAUGCUGAUCUUCUUUGAUCACCAAAUCGGCAAGUUUUGUUAUGCUCUAUGGCACAGGAGAUGUUUCCUUCUCCUUUGCUAUGCUCUCCUCAACCCUUGCUCUUCCCAGAAUUCUGCCUCAAUAAUGUAA